UGCUUCUCUCUAGGUUUGCCCAAUUCGCCUCUCACACGCCGCUUUUCUUUCUUUUUCUCUUUUUCUCUAAACAAAAUAAAGUCUAAAACAGUCCUUUCUUGUUCUUCAGUAUCAUACCAACAAUGCCUACUUCAAGAGCCAAAUCUUGCCGUACACCGCCGCCGGCGUUAUCAUCGACGUCAACGUCCGCUUUCGCAUCAUCAACAACGUCAAGUUUCACAUCACGCUCUUCCUCAUCCUCGACGUUGUUCGCACGCUCGACCUCUCCCACGCCUUUGAAUAUGUACAACAGAAACAGUCAACCGUCGCGGUUCUCUAUGACCGAUCAUCGUCCUAUCUCGCCAAACCGUUCAAUUUCAAUAAAACGGCAAACGUCAAAUAGCAGCAAUGCGGUAUCGUCCAAUAAAAAAAGAACCUGUGCUUGUUCUCCUACUAAUCAUCCAGGUUCUUUCCGGUGCGCUUUUCACAGAGCAAUGACGGCGAGGAAUAAUAGUAGUACGCCAACGGCGUCGUAUCAGCAUUCGAGUAGUAGAUUGAAUUUUAGACGAUCGGCGAUGACUAAUUCGCUAGUGAGAAUCGGAGGUGUUGAAGGAGAGUUAGUUAAGAGAGCACUCUCGGCUUUGAUUAGGCCUUCAUCACAUCAACUUCGUCGUUGCGCCGCUUUUGAGCCGAGACCUAGCCGGCUUUCUGUUAUGUCUACUAGCUAAAAGGUUUUGUAAUUCUUGAAACUAUUAUUUCCAUCGGAUUUAAUUGUAGCGAUAGAUUGAGAAAUUUUGUAAAGAUUGGAGAGUAAUGAUGUAAAUUAGAUUUUUUGUGAUGAUCAAUUAAAUUUGCACCUUACUUUGCUAGCAAUA